AUGGGAAGGUUUUGGUUGAUUGGAGUGUUGAUUGUGGUGGGUUGUGGCUGCUUUUUGAGCAGUGUUAGGGUAGAAGGGUACCCAGAUGAGGAUCUUGUGGUGAGUUUGCCUGGCCAACCCAAGGUUGGGUUCAAGCAAUAUGCUGGUUAUGUUGACAUAGAUGUCAAGCAUGGAAGGAGCCUGUUCUACUAUUUUGUUGAGGCUGAUAAUGACCAUGACAAGAAGCCCCUCACCCUUUGGCUCAAUGGAGGUCCUGGAUGUUCCUCCAUUGGAGGAGGUGCCUUUACUGAAUUGGGUCCCUUUUAUCCUAAAGGUGAUGGACGUGGUCUGCGUAGAAAUUCAAAGUCUUGGAAUAGAGCAUCAAAUAUCCUAUUCGUGGAAUCUCCUGCUGGAGUUGGUUGGUCUUACUCAAAUACAACUUCAGAUUAUAACACUGGAGACACGUCCACAGCCAAUGAUAUGCUUUUGUUCAUGCUGAAAUGGUACGAGAAGUUUCCUUCCUACAGAUCAAGGGAGUUGUUCCUUACUGGGGAAAGCUAUGCAGGACAUUAUAUACCACAGUUAGCUAUUGCUCUUUUGGACCAUAAUGCUCAUUCAACUGGUUUCAAAUUCAAUAUUAAAGGCGUUGCUAUUGGAAACCCACUUCUGAAAUUUGAUCGUGAUGCACAAGCAACAUAUGAAUACUUCUGGUCACAUGGAAUGAUUUCCGAUGAACUUGGCCUUGCCAUUAUGAAUGAUUGCGAUUUUGAUGACUAUGUGGCUUCAAGUCCACAUAAUGUAUCUAAAUCAUGCAACGAUGCCAUAUCUGAAGCAAAUGAAAUUGUUGGCAAUUAUAUUGACAACUAUGAUGUGAUUCUGGAUGUUUGUUAUCCGUCCAUUGUUGAACAAGAACUGAGAUUGAAAAAGAUGGCUACUAAAAUAAGUUUAGGUGUGGAUGUGUGUAUGAGUUAUGAAAGAAGUUUCUACUUCAAUCUCCCUGAAGUUCAAAAGGCUCUGCAUGCAAACCGUACCAAUCUUCCCUAUAGUUGGUCCAUGUGCAGUGCUGUUUUAAAUUAUCGUGAAGCUGAUGCCAACAUCAAUAUCCUUCCAGUUCUCAAAAGGAUAAUUCAACACCAUAUUCCAGUAUGGGUUUUCAGUGGAGACCAAGAUUCUGUGGUGCCAUUGUUGGGUUCUCGAACACUCAUUCGUGAACUAGCACAUGACCUGAAGUUCAAGAUUACAGUCCCAUAUGGAGCUUGGUUCCACAAAGGCCAGGUUGGAGGAUGGGUAACUGAGUAUGGAAAUUUGUUGACUUUCGCCACUGUAAGAGGAGCUGCUCACAUGGUACCUUAUGCACAACCUUCAAGAGCACUUCAUCUAUUUAGUUCAUUUGUGCGUGGAAGGAGAUUGCCAAACACAACACGCCCUUCAAUUGAUGAAUAAGAAGUUGGA